GUUCAGUUGCCACCAGUUCUUUGCCAAUCAAUUUACGGGCCGUGUUUGUUUUAAGUUAAAAUAAGUGAACAAAUAGCAAUAUUAAAUAAAUUCUACUAUAAAAUUAAUGUGCACAACUAUCGACUGAGCUUCUAGCGAACGUGGGAAUCAAAUAUUGGAUAUGUCUCAAGCCGUAAUAUAAAAUUGUGUGCAAAAAUUCGGCUGUGCGGUGCUGUGAUUGGAGGGUUACAUGCGACGCGAUGAAUCUUUAACAACAGCAACAACAACAACAACAACGUAGCAAACAACAACAAAACACACACAGACACACAGACACACGCACAACUCGAAGGACUCGAAGUUCAUUGAAGUUUUUGUUGGACUCAACUGUUGUUUGACCAGCAGCAUUAGGAGCUAAGGCCGGAGUCGGGAGACGGGAGCCGCAGCCGUGGUGCAGCUCAUCAAUAUUCGAAAAAGCAAUUGAGCCAGGCGGGCGCACCCAUUAAUUCAUCAAUUAUUCAAAAUGACCGAAGACGAAAUUCUCUUUGACGAUGUCUACGAGCUGUGCGAGGUUAUUGGCAAAGGACCCUUCUCCAUUGUGCGGCGCUGCAUACAUCGAGAGUCCAAUCAGCAGUUCGCUGUCAAAAUUGUUGAUGUGGCCAAGUUUACGGCUAGCCCGGGACUGAGCACAGCGGAUCUGAAACGCGAAGCCACAAUAUGUCACAUGCUGAAGCAUCCGCACAUAGUCGAGCUGCUGGAGACCUACAGUUCCGAGGGCAUGCUCUACAUGGUCUUCGAGUUCAUGGAAGGCUCCGAUUUGUGCUUUGAGGUUGUGCGGCGUGCCGUCGCAGGAUUUGUCUACAGCGAGGCGGUGGCUUGCCAUUAUAUGCGCCAAAUACUGGAGGCACUGCGUUACUGCCAUGAGAACGAUAUACUGCAUAGGGAUGUGCGGCCCGCUUGUGCACUUUUGGCGACAGUGGACAACUCGGCGCCAGUGAAACUUGGCGGCUUCGGUUCGGCAAUACAAUUGCCGGGCACGCGGGAAACCAUAGAAACACACGGACGCGUGGGCUGUCCGCACUACAUGGCGCCAGAGGUGGUCACAAGGCGUCUCUAUGGCAAAGGCUGCGACGUUUGGGGUGCUGGUGUCAUGCUGCACGUUCUGCUCUCGGGUAGGCUGCCCUUUUUGGGUUCCGGUGUGCGACUGCAGCAGUCUAUAGCACGCGGAAGGCUAUCGUUUGAAGCACCUGAAUGGAAGUCGAUUUCGGCCAAUGCCAAGGAUCUAGUCAUGAAAAUGCUCGCUGCCAAUCCACACCACAGACUAUCGAUAACCGAGGUGCUAGAACAUCCCUGGAUACGUGAUCGCGACAAAUUACAGCGCACGCAUCUGGCGGAUACCGUUGAGGAAUUGAAGCGCUAUAAUGCGCGACGCAAGCUCAAGGGCGCCGUGCAGGCCAUUGCCGGUGGCACCAACAUGGAUCCGGUCUAUGCCACGGAUGCGGAUAUGCCAAUUGCGGGCGCACCGGACGAAUGGGCAGACGAGGAGGCGGGGAUUGAGGCAGUGCAGCGCAUACUGGACUGUCUGGAUGACAUCUAUUCGCUGCAGGACGCGCACGUGGAUGAGGACGUGCUGCGCGAUAUGCUGCGCGAUGCUCGAUUGCAACAAUUUCUGCAGCUUUUCGAUCGCAUCAGCUCCUCGGUCAUCACGACCAACGGCCGGGCGCCCAGCGCCGAGGCUGUUGCGCGCAGUCGCGAUGUCCUGGAGCUGUUGUCAUCGGCUAGUUCCGCUGGGGGCAAUAAGUAUGCCAAGGAUGAGCUGAUGCAGCUGCUCUCCGCGCCGCACUUGCAGGCGCUGCUGCAUACACACGAUGUUGUCGCCCGGGAUGUUUAUGGCGAGGAGGCGCUGCGCGUCACCCCGCCGCCCAUGGUGCCCUUUCUCAAUGGCGACGAGCUGGACAAUGUGGAGGGCGGCGAGCUGCAGCAUGUGACACGCGUACGUCUUGUGCAAUUCCAAAAGAACACCGACGAGCCCAUGGGCAUCACGCUUAAAAUGACCGAGGACGGGCGCUGCAUUGUGGCGCGCAUCAUGCACGGCGGCAUGAUACACAGACAGGCCACGUUGCACGUGGGCGACGAAAUCCGGGAGAUCAAUGGGCAGCCGGUGCAGCAUCAGUCGGUGGGUCAAUUGCAACGAAUGCUGCGCGAGGCACGCGGUUCCGUUACCUUUAAAAUAGUUCCUUCUUACCGUAGCGCACCGCCACCCUGUGAGCUAUUCAGGAUAAGACCUGCUCCAGUGCUUAUUUUUGUUCGUGCACAGUUCGAUUAUAAUCCCCUGGAUGAUGAGCUUAUACCGUGCGCCCAGGCGGGCAUUGCAUUCCAAGUGGGCGACAUACUGCAGAUCAUUAGCAAGGAUGAUCAUCACUGGUGGCAGGCGAGAAUUGAUACGGUGGGCGGUUCAGCGGGCCUGAUACCAUCACCUGAGCUGCAGGAAUGGCGCAUUGCCUGUCAGACCGUUGACAAGACCAAGCAGGAGCAGGGAGAGCCGGGUGCUGGAUGUUCCGCUCACGCAGAUGGGUGUGAUGGAUCAGCAGUAAACUGUUCCAUCUUUGGGCGUAAGAAGAAGCAAUGUCGGGACAAAUAUUUGGCAAAACAUAAUGCCAUAUUCGAUACGCUUGAUGUGGUCACAUACGAAGAGGUUGUCAAAGUGCCAGUGGGUGAUCCGAACUUUCAGAGGAAGACAUUGGUGCUAUUAGGCGCACAUGGCGUGGGCAGGCGGCAUAUUAAGAAUACUUUAAUAUCAAAGUAUCCCGAUAAGUACGCCUAUCCCAUACCACAUACAACGAGACCUGCUAAGCCCGAGGAGGAGAACGGACGCAGCUAUUACUUUGUUUCACAUGACGAAAUGAUGGCCGAUAUUGGUGCCAAUGAGUAUUUGGAAUAUGGAACCCAUGAGGACGCCAUGUAUGGCACCAAGCUGGACACGAUUCGACGCAUACAUACCGAGGGUAAAAUGGCUAUACUAGAUGUGGAGCCGCAGGCACUUAAAAUACUGCGCACAGCUGAAUUUACGCCCUAUGUGGUGUUUAUAGCGGCGCCAUCGCUGCAGAAUAUUGCGGAUUACGAUGGCAGCUUGGAGCGUCUGGCCAAGGAAUCGGAUAUGCUGCGUCAACUGUAUGGACAUUUCUUUGACUUGACCAUUGUGAACAACGAUAUAAGCGAGACGAUUGCCACGCUGGAAUCGGCCAUUGAGCGUGUGCACACCACACCACAAUGGGUGCCCGUCUCUUGGCUCUACUGACAAGACAGUGAGCUGGAAUGCCCCGACUGUCUCGAUGGCUGCGAUUGCGAGUGGGAUGCAUACACAAAGGCGUCCAAUGUGGCGCUAUACUGAGUACACAUACACACACCAUUAAAGUAUUAACAAGGCACAAAUACAACACAGCAAACAAGCAUCUACAAGAAACAUACACACGCAGUCAAAUUGGAGCGCAUGGCGCCCAUUUAUUUACAUAAAAACAAAACACACACACACAUACAUCUAUAGAGAAUGGGUAUUAUGGGAAUUGCAGUCGCAACGCAAAGACAAUUUGUAAAGCUUAAAAAUACUUAUUUAAAUUUGAGUUUCUGUUUUAUUGUUUAUAUUUGAUGUUUUUUUAGUCAACAUAAGUUAAAUAUUAAUUGUAUUUGCCAUUCCAGCAAGCUGCGCACUGCGGCCUGUUAAUUGUUUGUGUUAUUGUUUUAUUUAAUAUUGCUCUUAGUAUUCUUUUGCCAGACAGCAUUAAUCGCUUAUGUAAUUCCUUGCACUUGUUAGUGGUUAAGUUAAGUUGAACAGAUAACAACAGAAGCACUCCAGCAACAAAAUACAAAAUUUAAAAGUUAUACAAUUUUUUGUUUUGUUUGCAACUUAAUUAAAAGUCUUUUGAGAAGCGAGCGUGAAACGAGUUAGUAAAUUAUAGCGAACUACGUAAUUAAAUUUAACUAACAUAGAACAAAAUGAAAAGCAUGAAGAGUCAUAACGAGCAACUGCAACAAUAUGAGUAUAAAAUAUAGUAUGAUGUGAGCAA